ACAAAAAGUUUUACUGUUCAACAAGUGCAGUUACAGCAAUCCGUUUGGUUCUGUCUUUGCUCAAGAAAAGUAAAGUUCUUGGAGUGACGGUGACACCCAGCCCAGGAAGUAGAAACUUCCAUUUUCAUCUCCUCCCGACUCCAAAAAUCUGCAGUCUUUGAGCGCGCAGAAAACUCUCCAAUGGAUCGCGUCCUCGUCGUCGCCAUCCCCGUCCUCUGUCUCCUCGCCCUCUCUCUUCUGUCAGUGCACUCGACUUCCUUCAAGAUCGUCAACAAGUGCCGCCGCACGGUCUGGCCCGGCCUGCUCUCCGGCGCCAACACGGCCCAGCCCGCCACCACCGGCUUCGCCCUCCCCAGCGGCGCCUCCCGGACCGUCCCCCUGCCCAGGUCCUGGUCGGGUCGGAUCUGGGGCCGGACCCUCUGCGGCCGGGACUCCGAGGGCGGGUUCGCCUGCGUCACGGGCGACUGCGGCUCCGGGAAGGUGGAGUGCGCCGGCGGCGGCGCCAAGCCGCCGGCCACCCUCGCCGAGUUCACCCUGAACGGCGCCGGCGGCCUGGACUUCUACGACGUCAGCCUGGUGGACGGGUACAACCUCCCCAUGCUCGUGGUGGCCAGGGGCGGGAAGGGCGGCGGGUGCAGCGCCACCGGCUGCCUGGUGGACCUGAACGGCGCCUGUCCGGCGCAGCUGAAGGUGGCGACUGGGAACGGGACGGGGAGGGGUGUGGCGUGCCGGAGCGCGUGCGAAGCGUUCGGCGACCCUCAGUAUUGCUGCAGCGGCGCAUACUCGACGCCCGACACGUGUCAGCCGUCUGCGUUCUCUCUCUUCUUCAAGCACGCUUGCCCACGCUCGUAUAGCUACGCGUACGAUGACAAGACGAGCACUUACACGUGUGCCGGGGCCGACUAUAUGAUCAUAUUCUGUCCCUUGCCUUACACCAGCCAAAAGGUCCUGAGUGCACGCAAAGAAUCGGCGCAGCUACUACCUCUGGUGAACAAGACGACCAUGUACAUCAUGAGCAAGUAUGCAAGUGGCGCUUCAUUUUCAGGUCUGAUGCAAGUGCAAUUCGCUUGGGGUUUUGCCAUAUCUGUUCUAACAUCAGUUAUGCUCUUAUGCCCGUAAUUAUGACCCCCGUGACUGACACCAGCCUGGACACUUCCAGGCAGAUAGAUCAUCUCGAAGAGGUUUUAUCAGGAGCAUUUCCGCGCCUAGACGAAGAAGGGUCCACUCUUGUAUCUUGCAAGCUAAAGUUGACUCUCAUUUUGCCUGUAGCUAGUGGAGCCACAAGUUCCACGACCAAUUUUGUACAUAGAGGUCUUUGCUCAUUUGCUGCCUUCUGGUUAUAUUCGAAUCUGUCAGGGUCUCA